GAUGAUCAGCUGAUCACGCACGUAGGAAAACAAAAACAAAACACAACUAAAGAGAAAGAGUCGCAUAAAAGAGUAAGAGCAUGAUAUAAUGAAACCUAAAUUUAUUGUAUCAUGGAGUAAAAGUAGCUUAUUUUCUAAUAAUUUACCAAUUUACAAUUUUAUUUUGUAUUCCUGAUUCCUGUUAUUUUCUGCAAACGUGCUAACUCAGUAUCAAUAUGGAUUGGGUUUAUAUUUAAAAUAUAUUAAUUGCUUUUUGAGUGUAAAAUUCUUGAAAUAUAAAACCUGCAUUCGAAAUGGAAGUAAAACAAAAAUUUAGUGAGGACCCCUUUAAAGUAGAACUAUGUUCUAAUAAGGUAGAUGAUGCACUCAUAGAUGUCUUCAAAAAGGAAAUUAAAGAGGAACCUGAUGUAGCAAGUAUACAUGAUAUAAUUGAUUAUUUAGACUUAAAAGAAUUUCCCAUAAAGACUGAAUUAGAAGAUGAAAAUCAACUUACACAAUUUGAAGAAAAACAAAAUAAUAAAGAGGAAGAAACACCACUUAGCGAAGAAUUCGGAGAUUCUAUUAGAAUGCUUGUGCUACUAGAAAACGGAAAACAAAGACUCAUAACGUUUACGCCACUAAAAGAAGCGUGCACCAUUCAAGAAAUUUUGGAAAACGUUAACGUUCCUUUCAGCCUAGACACCAACAUACAAGUCAUGAAAACGAACUCUGAAGGCCUUGAUUAUAUUGUGACUGUUGGAAAUAUGGCUAAGACUCGAUUUGGGCUGGACUGUAUCAUCGGUACAUCAUCGUCGCCACAGGAGGCUACACCCGUACACACACAGGAAGAUCAAUAUCAAGUACAACAGCCUCAAACGCAUGAUGCAUCCUCAACCACACAGAAAAAUCUACCAGAACCACCAAAGUCUCCAGUACCACCGCCAAUGAAGGAAACCCCUAAGCAUGUUAAAGGUAUGCUGGCGGUAUGUGAGUGUUGUGGGUUCUUGUCGGAGGAUUUCAACAAGUGUCAGAGAUGUUUCAGGAAGCUACCAGAUACAGUGAAAGCCAUACCCGACCCUAAGACCACUGGGAUCGCUGCGAACCCCGCAGGACGAAAACGGGGUAUUGCAGCAGUCGCUGUGGCGCAACAACAAAAACACCAGGCGAUGCUACAACAGCAGCAACAGGCACAACAUUGGCGUCAAACGCAUGAUGCAUCCUCAGCCACACAGAAAAAUCCACCAGAACCACCAAAGUCUCCAGUACCACCGCCAGUGAAGGAAACCCCUAAGCGUGUUAAAGGUAUGCUGGCGGUAUGUGCGUGUUGUGGGUUCUUGUCGGAGGAUUUCAACAAGUGUCAGAGAUGUUUCAGGAAGCUACCAGAUACAGUGAAAGCCAUACCUGACCCUAGGACCACUGGAAACGAUGGGAUCGCUGCGAACCCCGUAGGACAAAAACGGGAUAUUGCAGCAGUCGCUGUGGCGCAACAACAAAAACACCAGGCGAUGCUACAACAGCAGCAGCAACAGGCACAACUGGGGCAACAACAGAAGACUACUUCGGAAUUCCCCCAAGAGAAAAACCCUUUGGAAAUUAUGAAAAUAAUAGACACGCAUUCAUGUAAAAAAGAACAACCUACGUAUCAGGUUGCUAAAGAAGAAACAUUAAAAUGUGAAAUUUGUGCUAAGCAGUAUGUUGGAAAAAAUCAUUUAAAUGUACACAUGAAAAUUCAUACUGGGGAAAAACCUUUCAAUUGUGAAAUUUGUUUUAAGCAGUAUACUAGAGUAAUGACUUUGAAAGAACAUAUGAGAUUGCACCCUGGAGAUAAACCUCACAAGUGUGAAAUUUGCUUUAAGCAAUUUAGUCGAGCAAGUUAUUUGAAAUCACAUUUGAGGGUGCACACUGGGGAAAAACCUCACAAGUGUGAAAUUUGUUUUAAGCAUUUUACUACAACAGGUCAGUUGACAACACAUUUGACUGUGCACACUGGGGAAAAACCUUACAAGUGUGAAAUUUGUUUUAAGCGGUUUAGUCAAGCGGUUACUUUGAAAAUACAUUCAAGAAUACACACUGGAGAAAAGCCUUUCAAGUGUGAAAUCUGUUUUAAGCAGUUUACUCGAGCAGACGUUUUGAAACAUCAUUCGAGAAUACACACUGGGGAAAAACCUCACAAGUGUGAAAACUGUUUUAAGCAUUUUACUACAAAAAGUGAAUUGAAUACACAUUUAAGAGUGCACACUGGGGAAAAGCCUUAUGACUGUGAAAUUUGUCUUAAGCAGUUUACUACAAAAACUGAUUUGAAAACACAUUUGAGAGUACACACUGGGGAAAAGCCUUAUAAGUGUGAAAUUUGUUUUAAGAAGUUUACUCAAUCAUAUUCUUUGAAAAUUCAUUUGAGAAUGCACACUGGUGAAAUGCCUUACAAGUGUGAAAUUUGUUUUAAACAGUUCGCUCGAAAAGAAUAUUUAAAUGAGCACAUACGUGUUCAUACUGGAGAAAAACCUCACAAGUGUGAAAUUUGUUUUAAGCUGUUUAGGCAUAAAGGUACUUUCAGAAGACAUAUGAAAAUCCACACUGUACAGGUGUGAAAAUCCGGACAACUGCAGACGUAAUUACGUUAAAUCACGUCCACAACAGUCGAGGCUUUUUAAAAAAGUCUGAAGAGGUAGGAAGUCAGCAUCAAUCACUUUUGCUAGACACGGAAGUAAGAUGGCUUUCAAGAGGAAAACUUUUAUUAAGAUUAUUUGAAUUCCUCAACGAGCUUAAGAUAUUCUUUGCUGAACAAUGCAUUUAUGUAUCUGUUAGUACGCUUGUUUAUUGUAUGAUGAGCAAGGUUGGAUGAUAUUGUCUUACUUGGCUGAUAUAUUCGAUAAACUUAACGUAAUCUGCUAGUCUCUACAAAGAAGAACGGUAACCACAUUUACUGUAAUCAAUACAAAAAAUGGUCUAAAUCGAAUCGGUAAAGACAAAAUAUCGCCUCUUAAAAACAAAAUUUGCUUACUAGUCUGGGCAGAUUAUCGGAGAAUAGGUCAUUUUUGGGAGAAGUUAUUUACCAGCAAUUUUAUUAUCCGGUAUGCAAAGUAUAUCAAUAUUAUAGGUAUGCAAAGUCCGCAGAUAGUGUGCUACUUUUUUUAUAAACAAAAUGGCGCCCGAAAAUCGUGUUUUUUUUCAAUUUUUGCUCUAUAACUCCACAGAUUUUAACUUUACACCAAAAACACCCAAAUAAAAAUUCACCGUAAUUAAAUUCUGCAUAAAGACGUGUUUUUCCCGAUUUACUUCGACGAAAAUUAUCCCCGGAAAUUGCAGGUUUUUCCAACAAAAUCUUUAUUUUUCAACUAAAAUUUUAGAUAAGUAAUUCUUUAUCAAUAAUUAAAUAACUUGGUAAUAUAAAAGCUCUUUUCGUAUAGAUAAUAAUUCCGGAAGCCGAUGGAAAUUGAAUGAACAGUUUAGCAACAAUUGAAUUGUUAAUUAAAAAUUUACGGUCGCUAUAGUAACCACAAUAAUUAUGAUACAUAAGAAUAACUAUGAUUUUUGUAUAAAAAGUCACUGUACCUAUCUAAUGUACUUUACAGAAUUGAAAUUGAACUAUUUAAGCGGCCUCAGGAAUAUUUUAAAAUAAUAAACUAUUUUUUGGCUUAUAAACAAAUAGAAUAUCUCGGGAAAUAUUAAUUUAAAUUAAAUCAUGA